UCAUCUCAUUGACCUCCAGCUGCUAAGCAGCGCACUCAUUCCUCUCCAUAGAAACCUCCAACUGGCUGGCCAUGGCUGGCUAACUUCGGACGGAAGUGUCUCUCUAGUUCCAUAAGCAGCGGAAUCGGAGCUCCUAUCAGAUGCAAGCAGGUGUAGGCACCUAGACUAGCUUCCUUACCAGCAGAGUGCAGACAUCGAACCCGAGUUUUUUGCUCUGAGCAGCAGUGCUGUAUCAAUAGCCACGUGGGUUGCGUAGUGGAGCCGGAAAAAUAGGGCGUCCAAGUGCCGGUUCAGGGCCAUCACCAGGGAUGGCCCUGGAUUGGCUAAAAACUUCUCUUCCAUGGGUAGAUAAAAGCAGUUCAGACGAUUACAAACUUGCUGGGCAGGGAAUCCAAUCUCCGGGUGCUGCCUCGCGACAACCAUUUGCAACGAUGGUGGCCCAAGGAGGCGACGGCUUCGACCUCUCCCUCCCUGUCGCGCGGUUGACGGGGAGGCUCGGUCCCCCCUCUCCACGGGCCGCUUCUCCCCCACUAGUGCCACGCUCGUUAUCAUCACCCUCGUUAUUAGCCUCGACCAGCCCACUGAAGGCUCCUCCGCCCCCCGCGUCUACUGCGUCGACGCUAAAGCCCGCUGGCGUGCAACAAGCAGCAGCAGGCUCGGCAGGCUCGGCAGUGGCAGCAGGGACGGCAGCUGCCAGACCUAAAACGGCUGGUUCGGGGAGAGCGGUGGCGUCGCCUCCAGGGACACCCCCGAGCACGUGGAGGGUUCGGUCGAAGGAACGAAUAGCCGUUAGGAAGGCGAAAGGGCUGAUCGGAGCCGCUCAUGAGAGCCCCGAGUGGCUGAUGGAUCUGGGCCGUCGGAUGAACAUCCCAUUCGACCUACUUGCAGUGUUUUCCGAGAAGUGUCAGCGACCCACUCCUCGCCACCCCUCUGCUUCCCCCUCGGAUCGUCAUUCCGCUCCUACGCCUGAGUGCGUGCAAGCGGCGCACCUGAUCAACCACACCGUGCAGACCCGCCUCGCGUCCUCCUCCUCGACUGCAGCAGCGGAAGCGGCGGCGGCGGCGGCGGUAGUGGCGGAACGUGGUGGUGCCGCUGCAGCCGCGGCUGCAACCGAUGGCCCUGGUACCAGUGGCCCUGCUGCUGCGGCGGCUGCCGGCGCGCCGGUUGUGGGCUUAAGAGGAGUCCCUGCGUCUGCCGUAGGGGGUUCUGCAGCAGGGGUCGCGGCAGGAGGAGCGGCCGGGGGAGGAGUCGUGCCAUUAGCUAGUUCGACGAAGGAACAGCAGCCGGCUGCUGCCACUGCGGGCACAACCCAUAGCCCCGAUAGUAGCGUUUUCGCUAAGAGAGCAGCCCCGGUUACAAGGCCUGCAGCCCGCGCGCCAGCGCCAGCGCCCGCAGCAGCAGCAGCGACUGAGAGAUGGGGAUGGGGGAAGAACAGCAGCAGUAGGGGGCUGUGGGGAAGGAUUGGCAAGGGCCCGGAUAAGAAAAAGGCGGAGAAAAAGGCGCAGAAAAUGCCAGAAGCGAGCAGGACGGAGCGGAAUUCCAUUAUGGACGGGACGCUAGUACCGGCCAGCCGCGCAGUGAACCCGCCCAUGUCCCGAAACCCCAUGUUUGAACCGGUAGGCGCGUCUAAGAGGCGGGCGGCGAGGCAGCCGGGGCUGCGGGUGCCCAUGUGCAUCAAGACGGUGAAGGUGCAGUUCGGGGACACCCUGGCGGAGAUCGCGCUGAAGCACCGCACGUCCAUCAGGGACCUGCAGCGGCUGAACAACCUGCGGUCGGACUUCAUUGUGGAAGGCGACACGCUCAUCGUCUCGUGCUCCAACCAGCGUCGCUCGGUACCAGAGCUCAGGCCUGGUAUUCGCCGGACCUGCCGCCCCCUCUUUUCCCGGCUCUCCCCGUCCUCACUUGCGAACCUGCCCACGAGGCUCGGCGUGGGAGGUCCGGCAGCAGGAGCCAUUGUGAAAUCGGCUUCAGCAGCAGCAGGGGCUCGAGUUUCUCUUCUAGAAGGGCGGUGGAGGAGGGGUCCCAAGGGCUUUCCCAAGUCGAUGGACGGAUGGCUGCGAUUUAACUGCCCUGUGGUGGACGGCUUCGUCAGCAGUCCCUUUGGCUGGCGAUGGGGAUCCUUCCAUGAGGGCGUGGAUCUAGCAGCGGAGUUUGGCGCGCCAGUGCUGGCGUCAGACAAGGGCGUGGUGACGUUUGCAGGCUGGAGCGGAGGGUACGGCAAGCUGGUGACUAUAGCGCAUGACAAUGGCUUCACCACUCGCUAUGGGCACUGCUGCAUCAUCAACGCUCGCGUUGGGCAGCGAGUGGCAAGGGGGCAGCAAGUGGCAUGUGUGGGGGCAACUGGGCGAGCCACGGGACCCCACCUGCACUUCGAAGUUCGCAAGAGAGGGGAGGCAUUGGACCCGUUCAAGUGGUGCAACUUGUGACAGUAGAGCCGGUGCAGGCAGGCAUAGCAGCAGCGCACACCUCCUCUCUUGCAGAAGGCAUUCUGCUGAGUGUGCUGCGCUGCUGUGCUGCUGUCUGCUGCCCAUCCUGCUCAUACAGCCAGACAACACCAUCCAGGCUGCAACUUAGGCCAUGCCACACUGCUGCCACAGGAGCAUGGAGUGGAGAGUGAGUGUGUCGCCUGACUGGUAGCUAGCUAGCCCAGUUCUGCACUGCAUACCAUUAUUAAGACUCCCCAAGCUAGGUCUGAAUAACCUAUCGGUCGCAUGCUCUCUUCCCUAAGGGUAUACAGGCUAGCUGUGGGGGCACUAAGCCUGAUAGCCUAGCAUGGCAUGGUUGUGCUCUAGGGGAUAUUUACACCAGCCCUCCUGUAAGGGAGGCAAGCAAGAACAGGUGUUGGUGCUCGCUUGUGUAUGGCGGAUUGAAAGACAGCUGCUGACUACUACGGUAUGACAGUGGCGAACCAGAGUUCAUGUGGCUGGUAGAGGUUCACUGUAUUUGUGAGUGCUAAAGCCUAAAGUUUUGCUGGGGCGUAUGCAGGGGUUCCAAGUGCACGGAUGUCGUCAUUCUGUUUGUAGCUUCCAC